GACGAUUUAAACGAUGUUUGUAGCGGCCAGCUUGAGCUUUCUGUUGCUUGCUAUUGGAAACAUUUCAGCAAACCAAUGUUCCCCGACGAAUUACGACACAAUCAUAAGAGGAGGUCCAUCAUUGCCUGCGGAUGAAAUAAUAUCAAGACACAAUGUUACAUCUUCAGUUGUUAUGUUAGGAUGUCACACUCACUGCAAAGACGAAGACAAAUGUGUUGGAUUCAACUACAGAACAACAAAAAAUGUCGAAAAUUGUCAACUUACCAACGUUACUAGAAAGAAAGAAGAAGCGAAAACGGGAGAUUGGAUAUUGAUGCAAGAUGUUGAAGCGGCAAAGAAUAGAGUUGAGAAAGAAAAGCUUACCAGGAAAUCAGACGUUGACGAGUGUUCCCUGGGAACUCACAAAUGUCACUCAAACGCCACCUGCAAUAACACUAUUGGCUCCUACGAAUGUCACUGUCGCAGAGGAUUUGCUGGAAAUGGGAAAACAUGUUCAGACGAUGACGAGUGUUCCCUGGGAACUCACAAAUGUCACUCAAAUGCAACCUGCAAUAACACUAUUGGCUCCUACGAAUGUCAUUGUCGGAGAGGAUUUUUAGGAAAUGGGAAAACAUGCUCAGAUGUUGACGAGUGUUCUCUGGGAACUCAAAAAUGUCACUCAAACGCAACCUGCAAUAACACUAUUGGCUCCUACGAAUGUCGCUGUCGCGGAGGAUUUGCUGGAAAUGGGAAAACAUGUUCAGACGUUGACGAGUGUUUCCUUGGAACUCACAAAUGUCACUCAAAUGCAACCUGCAAUAACACUAUUGGCUCCUACGAAUGUCACUGUCGCAGAGGAUUUGCUGGAAAUGGGAAAACAUGCAUAGACGAUGACGAGUGUUUCCUUGGAACUCACAAAUGUCACUCAAACGCUACCUGCAAUAACACUAUUGGCUCCUAUGAAUGUCACUGUUGCAGAGGAUUUUUAGGAAAUGGGAAAACAUGUUCAGGUUAG